AGAUGGGCUGGAAGUCUGUGCUGGAUGCUACAUGGGCUGGAACAUUGAGUCUGUAGAGACCAGCGCUGAGACUGAAACACACUGAGAUUGCUGAGCUGAUCUGCCUCCUUCCCCUGUUACAUAACUGCCCCCCCAACCCUGUACCUGCCUCUCCCCUGCCCCUCCCCAUUGUGCCCCUUAUUCCCUCUCAUGUGGCCAAAGUAGACUUGUCCUUCUCAUUGCCUCCCCCAUUCACUCUUCCCUUAUCCCUCUAUUCUGAGCUGCACAUUUCCCUUCUUUUACUUACCCUUUCCAUCACUCCUCCCUUUUUUAUUCCUCCUAAGGGGAGACUAACCCUGUGGAUUAUCACCAUUAUCUAUUUUUAAUAUUAGACUUUUUUUUUUUUAAACAACCAUUCGUUUAUUCCUGAACUCAAUAGCAGCCCCAUCAUCAAACAAUGUCUUGCUGUCCAGGAAAGAAGCUGCACAGAUCGUGGAAAUGAUGGCGGCACCAGAUUUACUGGAUCCUAAAUCAGCAACACAGAACUCAAAGCCAAGAUUAUCCUUCUCUGCGAAGCCAGCCGUGGUGUCCACCAGGGACAACAGGGAAAUAACAAUGAAUGUAAUGAAAUGGAAAACAGUAUCGACGGUUUUUCUGGUCGUGGUUCUCUAUCUCAUAAUAGGCGCCACGGUGUUCAAAGCGCUGGAGCAGCCACAUGAGAGUGCCCAGAGAACCACCAUCGUCAUUCAGAAGAACAAUUUCAUCUUGAACCACUCAUGUGUCAACGUCACAGAACUGGACGAACUCAUUCAGCAACUUAUGGCAGCUAUUAAUGCGGGGAUCAUACCUAUAGGAAAUACCUCCCAUCAGAACAGCCACUGGGAUUUGGGAAGCUCUUUUUUCUUCGCUGGCACCGUUAUUACUACUAUAGGUUUUGGAAAUAUUUCCCCACGCACAAAAGGUGGAAAAAUAUUCUGUAUUAUUUAUGCCUUAUUAGGAAUUCCGUUGUUUGGAUUUCUCUUGGCCGGUGUCGGAGAUCAACUAGGGACCAUCUUUGGCAAAGGAAUCGCCCGAGUUGAGGAUAUGUUUGAAAAGUGGAAUGUAAGUCAGACGAAAAUCCGCAUCAUAUCGACUGUAAUAUUCAUCCUGUUUGGCUGCAUCCUGUUUGUCGCUAUUCCAGCUGUCAUCUUCCAACACAUAGAAGACUGGCAUACGCUGGAUGCCUUCUACUUUGUGGUUAUCACGCUAACCACAAUCGGAUUUGGGGACUAUGUCGCCGGUGGAUCAGAUAUAGAAUAUUUGGACUUUUACAAACCUGUUGUAUGGUUUUGGAUCUUAGUAGGACUCGCUUACUUUGCCGCAGUGCUCAGCAUGAUUAGUGAUUGGCUUAGAGUCAUCUCCAGGAAGACAAAGGAAGAGGUGGGGGAAUUCAGAGCCCACGCUGCUGAAUGGACCGCCAACGUGACAGCCGAAUUCAAAGAAACACGGCGGCGCUUAAGCGUGGAGAUCUACGACAAGUUCCAGCGGGCGACAUCCAUUAAGCGGAAGCUUUCUGCAGAACUUGCCAUGACCUCUAAUCCAGAAAUGACUCCGUGCAAGAGAACCUUGUCAGUCAAUCAUCUCUCCAAUGACAAAGAGUUAUUUUCGCCUAUGACCAAAUGCGAGAGUAUUUACCUUAACGGCUUGACGCCACACUCGGCCAACGAUGAAAUCGCCAUCAUUGAGAACUUUAAGUAACAUCUGAUCCAUCUGAGAGGCUUCCAUGGCCACGAUUAAAGACUACCAGCAUUAAACUCUGCAUGAACUCAGUACAUAUAGGGACGAGGAGACACUGUUAUAUAAAUAUAUCAUGUAAUAUAAUGUAUAGCGCUUUAGUGAAAACCAUACGGAAUUACUACUGAAUCCAACAAGGUCUGAUGCCUUUAGGUGCCCAGACUGUUUUAUUUCUUUUUCUAAUGUGCCAUAACGUAUACAAAGUUAUAGGAUAUAUUGAAUAUAUUGUUAAUACUUUUUGGUAUGACUACAGAGGAAUAAUAGCGAAUGUUCCGGAUACGAGCGGCCAGAAGAAUGCGCAGUUCAAAGACGCCGUUUUUAUAAAAGCUGAAAUGAUUGCGAUGCAGCCUUUACCUAAGAAACUGUUAUCAGUGCCUUAUAUUCUAAAAGACACAAAACCUCCUUACCUGUUACAUGUUUGUCUCUUUCCCACUUUCCCUUUUGACCUAAGGAAUGUAUUUCGUUACAUUUUUUUUUCAUUUUAGAAAAUGAUUUGAAUUCAUUCAUUAAAUUAAUUGAAAUAAAUUAAAUUAAUGACUAAUUAAAUAAAUGAAAUUUGCAAAAAGCUCUAGAGAAAUAAGAAGUAAAAUUUGAGGAGAACUGGGUGGGUUUUUUUUUUUAGUUGCAAGGGAAAGCAUCUGGUUCCCAUUAGGGAUGUAACGAACCUCAAAAAAAAAAGUUUGCGAACGCGAACUUAUGCCAAAAAGCGCGAAUAUUCGCGAACUUUGCGAACCCCAUAGACUUCAAUGGGAAUGCAAACUUUAAAACCUAGAAAAGUCAUUUCUGGCCGGAAAACUGAUUUUAAAGUUGUAUAAAGGGUGCCACGACCUGGACAGGGG